AUGAGGUUCAAAUUCCCUCUCAUGGCCAUAGGCCUGGAGGUGGCCAUGAUUGUUUUAUUUGCAUUAUUUGUUCAGUAUGAAACAGAUCACAAUACUAUCUCACAGAUCAACAACACCAUGGCAGCAGACAUGGAUGGAUUCCUGAAAUUAUAUCCUUUAUUCCAAGAUGUACAUAUUAUGAUAUUUGUUGGUAUUGGCUUUCUCAUGACCUUCCUGAAGAAAUACGGCUUCAGCAGUGUGGGUAUCAACCUAUUAAUUGCUGCUCUGGGCCUCCAAUGGGGCACUAUCGCACAGGGGAUGCUGCACAGCCAUGGACAGAAAUUUCAGAUUGGAAUCAAAAACAUGAUAAAUGCAGACUUUAGUACAGCCACAGUUCUGAUUUCUUUUGGAGCCGUUCUGGGAAAAACAAGUCCAAUCCAAAUGCUGAUCAUGACAAUUAUAGAAAUUUCUUUCUUUGCCGGCAAUGAAUAUCUGGUUGGUGAGAUAUUCAAGGCCUCUGAUAUUGGAGCAUCAAUGACAAUCCACACCUUUGGAGCCUACUUUGGCCUGGCUGUAGCAGGCGUCUUGUAUCGAUCUGGCCUGAGAAGGGGGCACGACAAUGAAGAGUCUGUGUAUCACUCGGACUUGUUUGCAAUGAUUGGGACUCUUUUUCUGUGGAUGUGUUGGCCCAGCUUUAAUUCAGCCAUUGCUGAGACUGGAGACAAACAGUACAUGGCUAUUGUAAACACAUACUUCUCUCUUGCUGCCUGUGUGGUUACAACUUAUGCGUUCUCCAGCCUUGUCCAGUACCGAGGCAAACUCGACAUGGUGCACAUUCAGAAUGCAACCCUUGCAGGAGGAGUCGCUGUGGGUACCUGUGCAGACAUGACGAUUCACCCAUAUGGUUCUAUGGUCAUUGGAAGCAUUGCGGGAAUUGUUUCUGUGUUCGGAUACAAGUUCCUGACUCCAUUUAUUGCUACUAAACUGAGGAUCCACGAUACUUGUGGAAUCCAUAACCUUCACGGCUUACCUGGUGUGAUGGGAGGCCUUGCAGGCAUUGUAGCGGUCGCCAUGGGAGCAUCUAACACGUCUACCAUGGCAAUGCAGGCAGCUGCCCUGGGUUCUUCCAUAGGAACAGCAGUUGUUGGAGGUCUGACUACAGGUUUAAUUCUAAGGUUACCCAUCUGGGGACAGCCACUGGACGAGUACUGCUAUGAUGAUUCUGUUUACUGGGAGGUCCCUCGGUGGAGAGAACACGACCACCACUUCCAUGAUCCUGGUGACCACAGUGAGCUGGAACCUGAAGUCUAA